AUGGAUGAAACAGAACAAGAAUACCUUGCACACAUACGGAAUGAGUAUCAUAUCGCAUCCGGCUUGUGGCACCCAAACUUGGUGGAAACCUAUGAUCUGUACAAGGGGCAAGAAGGCGGAUGGCACCAAGUGAUGGAGUAUCUUCCCGUUCAAUUCAACGAGGUGGAACUGUACGGUGAGACGGACUCGCAGGAGCUUCUCGACAGUCUGUUUGCGCAGAUCCUCACCGGCGUCACUUACAUGCAUUCUGCCGGAGUGGCACAUAUGGAUAUCAAAGUCGAAAACCUUGGCCUCAGCCGUGAUGGAAUGGUCAAAAUUUUCGACUUUGGAUCCUCACGAGUAUUCCGCGGAGCAGCGACAUACCGGUUCAAGCCCAAGUACGAACCCAUGCAACAUUCCUGGAUCCCAGCGGCAUGUUACUUUCCCGAGCCAGGCGACGAAUACGACCCCUUCAAUGACCGCGAAUGGUUUCUGGAUAGGAAUCUGACAAGGCCGCUGUACGAGGAACAAAAGGCAAUGCUUCUUCGCGGGGACGAUCUUUGGGUGUACAAGAAAUACUACCAUAACGAGCAUUGCUUGUACAACUGGGGAAAGUUAGCGAUUGCCGUCAAUCAGCGCCGGGAAUAUAUCGAUAGUAAGACCCUCAGUCUUGCUCAAUCGACGCAUUGCGCCAGAGCCAUAGCCGAUCAGUUGCUGAAGUCUGAAUUAUACGUGUUCAACAACACCGGGAACUUCACGAGUGCACCUUUGUUGUUCCACACGUGUGUAUCCUUGUUCCUAGGCUAG